UAUAAAAAAUAAAGAAAACAAUCAUUCUCAUAAAGAGCCUUAAUUUCUCUCUCACCUGCUUUAGAGUGUCUUGCUUACUUGCACUUAAGUCCUAAGCUCCAACUUCAAGAAAAGAAAAGCUUAUUGUGUGUUUUGAACAAGCUUAUUGAUGCAAAGUCCAAUUCUGGUGAAAGAAAUGCAGGUUGAUGCAAGAUGGUAGAAGACGAAGUAGAUGACAGUGAGGUAGAUCAAUGGGAAGAAUUCCCUGUAGUAUUACAACAGAAGAGUAUGGAAUAUUCAAUUAAAAGCAAGAGGUCAUCGCGAGCUCGUUAUUCCUAUGGCAUUAUAUUCUUGAUAACAAAUCUUAUAGCUUGGUUUGUUCGCGAUUAUGGAGAAAGGGUUCUUCCUGUGCUUCAAUAUUCAAAAGCCUGUGGAGAUGAAGGAAGUGAAUGCUCUCAUACGAUGGGGGUUCUUCGUGUGAGUUUAGGUUGCUUCAUUUUCUUUUUGGUAAUGUUUCUCACAACAUGUUUCACAAGCAAGUUGUAUGACGUUAGCAAUGUAUGGCAUUCUGGCUGGUGGAUUUUGAAGUUUCUCAUGUUGAUAACUUUUACGGUGAUUCCAUUUUUCGUCCCCUCUGAUUACGUCCAGUUAUAUGGUGAAUUUGCUCGAGUGGGCGCAGGAGUUUUUCUCAUCCUGCAGUUAAUAAGUGUGAUCGAGUUCAUCACGUGGUGGAACAACUACUGGAUGCCUGAUGAAAGAAAGAAACAAAGCAGCUGCUCCCUUGGCUUAUUCAUGUCGACAGUAUGUUACAUCGCUUCCAUUUGUGGAAUUGUCAUGAUGUAUGUGCUUUACGCGUCCAAAACAUCAUGCAUUCUGAACAUAUUCUUCAUCUCCUGGACUGCAAUUUUGCUGGUAGUAAUGAUGGCAGUAUCUUUACACUCUAAGGUAAAUCGGGGACUUUUAUCUUCAGGAAUUAUGGCUUCUUAUGUUGUCUUUCUCUGUUGGAGUGCUAUUCGAAGUGAGCCUGCCACUCAGAAAUGCAGCCCUCAGCAACAAAACAGUGGGCAUGGCGGUUGGACUACUGUACUUGGCUUCUUGAUUGGUAUAUGCGCCAUCGUCAUGGCAACGUUCUCAACUGGCAUUGAUUCGCAAACAUUUCAGUUUCGCAAGGAUAAAGUUCAAUCAGAGGAUGAUGUCCCUUAUAAGUAUGGCUUCUUCCACCUAGUGUUCUCCUUAGGAGCAAUGUACUUUGCUAUGCUAUUCAUCAGUUGGAAUCUUGAUGGCUUGCCUAGAAAAUGGAGUAUUGAUGUUGGAUGGGCUAGUACAUGGGUGAAGAUAGUCAAUGAAUGGUUUGCUGCUACAAUCUAUUUGUGGAAAUUGAUAUUGCCAGUAGUGAGACAGACAAAAGUGAUGGAUCAUGAAGAGACAGAAGAAGAGCUGGAUAGCACAAGUUCAGUGUGAUUUUUGUUAAUAGAUAAGUGUUGCAAACUAUGUUGCUCGGACUCAUCAAAAAAUGCGACAGUUGGUGUGUCGUCGAAUUCUUAAAAAUUGUGCAUUCUGAAGAAUAAGACACGAGUGCAACAACAUUUUGAAGAGUCCGAGCAAUGUAGGGUGUAGGCACUCUAGAGGUGGCAAAAUGGGUAAAAUGAACAACCAAUGGAUUAAAAGAUUUACAUGAGUCCAAUGGCAAAAUGGGUAAAAUGAACAACCAAUGGAUUAAAAGAUUUACAUGAGUCCAAUGGUUGGUAAGUUGGUGAAAAAUGGUUAUUUUAUGUUACAAAAUAAUUUAUUGGUAAAGAUUUUUAAACUUAAGAGGCAUUUAUCACCCUUCAUUUAACCAUUUUACCACUUGUUUUGUAUCAUGUGUUUGUCAUUAUUUUUUUUAGGUGUAUGUACUUUUAGGCCUUGUAAGUUCUUAUUAUCAUGGGAAAGUUGAUGAAUAAUAAAUCCCAUAUUUUAA